UUUCAAAAGUUGUCAUUCACAGCAAAACAGAGAUGGUCAUUGUGUAUGGUACGGCGUUUGUAAAACUACUGGCAGUUGGUUCAACAAAAAGUACCUUUACUGCAGCUACAACGGAACAGCCAAACGUUUAAAUAACGAUGGACUUGAAGAAUUAAAUCAAUACUGUUCGUACUUAACCCGAGGACGAAAACAUACUUUCACAUGCUGUGAUAAUGAACAGAUCGAUAUUAUGAAUGACGACAUAAAGUGGUUAAAGCGGUUUCUCAGCUCGAGCAAUUGUCCAGGAUGUUUUGAAAACUUUGCGCGGCCAAUAUGCGAAAUGACUUGCAGUCCAAAGCAAUCACAAUUUUUGAAGGUGCAAAAAGUGGAAGCAGCAGAUGCAGAUUAUCGGCCUUAUGUAAAGAGUAUGGAUUAUUCAAUAGCUCAUCAACACUUAAAAGCCACAUUCACAUCAUGCAAAAUGGUCACAUUCUUAUUCCGGCCUGUCUUGAAUUAUAUGUGCGGCGAUGCGAAAGGUGAAGACUGUACCCUGGAUAAAUGGAGAAAUUAUUUGAUCGAAUUCUCGAAAGAGUACCAUCCGUUCCAAAUAAACUACAUUACAGAGCCCAUAAAAAAUUACACUUCAAUCAAUGUACCUUGUUCUUAAGCCGUUAAUAUGGGUUUUUCGUAAUGAAAUGAUGUCAAUGAAAUUGGAUUGUUUUUUUUUUGCUAUUUCAAUUAUAUUUCUAGGCGUCGAAAGGAAAAUAUUUAUGAUUCGAUUACAAUGAACUCUGCUAAAAAUUGAAUACAGUGAUCAACGGCCGAUUUGUCAACUAAUUUUAUUACUUUCCAUAAGAAAAUGCUCCAAUUGAAUUUCAGUCAAUAUCCAAAUUGUCAAUUGUGAAUCCAACUUCAUAUUUUUGUUUUGUUUCAACAAAAUACAUAAGAGUCAUAAAAUAAAAUGCAUCAGAAUCGAGUAUUGAAAGAAACGUCAUGCGUACAUGGAUUUUGUAAUAAAU